AUGCACCGGUCUUGGCUACUCGGGUGCUUGGUUCUCAGCCUGGCGCUGACUGGUGUUCCAGGGCUCAUACCGACACAUUACCUGUCCUUAUCCGACGUGGCCCGGUUGCAGUCUGCUUUGGGACAGCCCUUCACUGAUCUUGAGUCUUCUUACUAUUCUAUUGUUGGACUGACGAAGCUUGGAAGUGCUGUGCCUGAUCACGAUGAGGUUUGCCGGUUCCUUAAAUCGCAGCUGGACCCCAUGAGUCUUGACUCCUUAUUUUUUGCUGCUGAAGCAAGUAAUGCCAUUUCAGGAUGUGAGAUUCCAGUCUCAAAUGAAACCCGGGAUAUCCUUCUGGCUGCAGUCAGUGAAGAUUCAACCAUGGCUCAGAUUCAUAGAGCUGUGAGUGCACUCAGCUCUUUGGGUCUCCCAGUCGCAUCCCAAGAAGUUGUUGCUGCAUUGACUGCACGUAUCAAGAAGGAAGACAAUGUCAUGGCCAUCACAUUGGCUUUAGCAACAGCAGCCAAACUGCCCCAGCAGGCAGAACUAGGAGCAAUUCUGGAAGAGAUUGAGGAUCUAACUGCUCGUUUGGAUGACCUUGGCGGUCUGUAUCUCCAAUUUGAGGAGGGGCUUGAAGCAACAGCUAUGUUUGUCUCUGUGGCUUACUCUCUAUCUGAUCAUGUGGAUAUGGAGCCACCUCUGAAAGAAGACCAGGUUAUUCAGCUCGUUAAUUCGAUAUUCAGCAAGAAGUCCUGGGAUUCCCUAUCUGAAGCCUGUAGUGUGGCCCUUGCUGCCGCCGCUCUCUCUAACAACCGCUUCCAUGUCCCAGUUAUCGUCAGUGCUCAGGGUCCUGCGACUGUAUCUCACAGCCAACCCACUCUGCAGCUUCUUAUAACCGAUGUCAUGUCCCAGCCCUUGGCCACAGCAAAUGUCCUGGUGGAAUCUGCGUAUGCUGUGGCCUCAAAGAGCCUCAUCCUCAGCCAGGCACCUUUCACUCUGAAUGAUGGAGUUUUUGAGCUGAACUUCAUGUCCAGUCAGCCAGCGAGUGGUUAUUACCAGUUCACUGUAGCUGUAACAGGUGACAGCAGACUGGUGGCUAAUCAUGUUGAGCUUAAGGUGAAGGUGUCAACAGAGGUCGCUGUAACCAACAUGGACCUCUCAGUUGUGGAUAAAGACCAAAGCAUUGGUUCAAAAACCACAAGAGUGGAUUAUCCAUCCAAAUCAAAGACUCCAUUCACUGCAGACAGUCACCAAAACUUUGCCAUGUCCUUCCAACUAGUUGACACCAACACUGGAGUGGAACUCACCCCUCAUCAGACUUUUGUCCGUCUGCAUAACCAGAAAACUGGACAAGAAGUUGUAUUUGUGGCUGAGCCAGACGCCAAAAAUGUGUAUAAAUUUGAGCUGGAUACAGCAGAGAGAAAAUCUGAGUUCGACUCAAUGUCUGGAACAUACACUCUCUGUCUGAUCGUUGGUGAUGCGACUUUGGAUAACCCCAUAUUAUGGACCGUGGCUGAUGUUGUACUGAAAUUUCUGGAUGAGGAAGCUCCAGCAACAAUCCAGCCCAAGACGCUCUAUGUGCCAAAACCUGAAAUUCAGCACUUGUUUAGAGAACCAGAAAAGAAGCCUCCCACCGUGGUUUCCAAUACGUUUACUGCACUCAUCCUUUCACCACUUCUUCUUCUUCUCAUUCUGUGGCUGAAGCUUGGAGCAAACAUCUCCAACUUUAGCUUCUCUCCGAGCACCAUUCUGUUCCACGCUGGACACGCAGCCAUGCUGGGCCUCAUGUACGUCUAUUGGACUCAUCUUGACAUGUUCCAGACCCUCAAAUACCUGGCUAUAAUCGGGGGCGUCACUUUCCUUGCGGGGAACCACAUGCUGGCCCAGAAAGCAGUGAAGAGGAUUGCUGCUGAGCAAAGUAGUAGGUUGGCAAAGUAUAGGAGCCUGCGAUAA